AUGGCAGCCGACAGUUCAAUGUAUGUACGAGGAAGAUAUGGCAAGGGGUUACUUUUUCACAAACUUCUGGAGACUCUCGAAGAAGAAAAUGAAAUGCCUGAAUAUAUAUUGAUUUUUCCUCCCGAAGAACCUCCUGAUUUCUCGGAUGAAGAAGUGGCCGGCGAUACCAAUCAUCUUCCAGCUCGUAUCCUGCGCUCUCAAGUUCCUGAACCCGACAACGAAUACCGGCCAAAUGUAGAGGAUCUUUUGAAAGAAACAGUUAAAAGCCCGAUUGACGUAUUUAGGUGUUACUUUACACAAGAUAUAAUAGAGCACAUUGUUCGCGAAACAAACUCUUAUGCCGGGCAAAAAUUAGUUCAUAACCUGAACGCCACUUCGGCAGAAAUUUUAACGUUUGUUGGGGUUAUGCUCUUAUCGGGAUAUCAUCCACUGCCUUGCAGACGGCUUUACUGGACUGUAGAUGAAGACGUUCAUACACCAAUAGUCUCAAAUGCAAUGAGACGAAAUCGUUUUGACGAACUCAUGAGUUUCAUUCAUCUCGCCGAUAAUCAGUCCAAUGACGGUACUGAUCGAAUGUACAAAAUUCGCGCUUUGUUAGAUAUGCUAAAUUCUGCAUUCAAGCAAAUUACUCCUGGUCCCUCUGUUAGCGUCGAUGAGAGUACCAUAGAAGUUCCGUGA